AUGGGGGACGCGCCGGUGCCGGAGCUGGAGGCGGUGCUGGAUGGAGGCGGGUGGGACGUGGGGACAACUUUGGAGGGGUCCCCCGCACCCCCCGGGCCCGUCCGCCUGGGCAGGAACGUUUGCUACGUGGUGCUGGCCGUGCUCUUCAACCAGGAGGACGCGGUGCUGCUGGUGCAGGAGGCCAAGCCCGAGUGCCGGGGCCGCUGGUACCUGCCCGCGGGCCGCAUGGAGCCCGGCGAGGGCAUCGUGGCUGCUCUGCGGAGGGAGGUGAGGGAGGAGUCGGGGCUGGAGUGCGAGCCCCUGACGCUGCUGGCGCUGGAGGAGAGGGGCCCGGCCUGGAUCCGCUUCGCCUUCCUGGCACGGGCCACAGGUGGGACCCUCAAAACCCUGGAGAAGGCUGACACCGAGUCCCUCCAAGCCACCUGGUGGCCCGGGGACCCUCGUUCUCUGCCGCUGCGCUCUCUGGACAUCCUGCCCGUGCUGGAGCUGGCCACCCGCUACCGCCGGAGCCCCGCGCACCCCCCGACGCUUCCGCAGGAGCUGCCCUGCUCCCCGCUCUGCCUGCGGCUCCUCCUGCCCUUCGCCAACGCCGCUGGCGACCUGUGGCUUCUGCUGGCCACCUCUGGCACCCCACACUUGCCCGUGGUGGCCUGCGGCGCGUCCCCCUCCGAGCUGCGAGCGGGGCUGCGCUCGCCCUUGCUGCGGCUGCUGCGGGACCGCCUGGCCUGGGACCCGCAGCCCGGAGCUCUGGGGCUGCUGGGGCUGCAGCACCGGCCUGGGGGACCUGGGGACGCUGAUGGCGUCUGCUUCAACGUGGUGCUGAGCAUCCCCCCGGGGAGCCAGCGGGACCAGCCCCCCGAGCCCCGCGACCCCGCGCUGCGCUGGUGGCCCGUGCGGGAGGAGCGGCUGCGGGCUCGCAUCCUGCAGAGGCUCCGUGCCACGGUGCCCGUCAGGAGUUAGGGCGUAAAAAAAACUGGAUUUGGGAAUGGGGAGGGCUGAGAGGGUUCUGCAGCUCGGGGUUCUGCUGGCGGUGACAAAGGGGGAGCCCCGGGAUGUGC